CUCACACCGUUCGUGUUUCCCGUAAGUAUCACCCGUUCCGUAACGCGGCUCCUUUUUUAAAACCGUCCCGUCGCCACGACCGUCGACCUCGGAGAAUGACCCGCGUUCUCGCAAGUGUGCACGUACGCGCGCGUAACACGGUGCCACGCGAUUGAACGAACAAGAAAGGACCGACGCGAUUACGUUCGUUUUUCUUCAAAACUGGCGGGAAAGAGGAAAUAUAUUCGAACGCGUCGCGCUGCAACAAGUGGACACGUGGGAAAAUUGUAAACUAACCUGAAAUCCGUAACUGACCAUUCGCGUGUUCCUUUUAAACAGUUUAUACGACGACGUGUCAAUUCGAUGAGAGGUGAACGUGCCCGUGUUCCUCACCCGUGCUAUACGCAUGCUGGAUCUUAGCCGAUAUCAGAUCUAACGACCGAUCGUUCUCGUAUUGUUUUCGCACCGGUUCCUCUCGCGAUCGCGACUAACUUCGAUUUCGACUAUGACGACGACUCGGUUGUGUGAUUGGGCGCGAGUGAAAUGAACGCCGGUACGAAUUGGCGCGCGUGAUCGACGAUUGUGACCGGAAAUGAUAUCCGCGCGUCGAAGGAAGCAGGAGACAGAAGAAGAGGAUAAAAGUGGAAUCUAAUAACGAGUAUCGUGCGCGUCCGGAUCGAGUCGGGCUCAACGCUGAAAACUACAUCAUAGUCGAAAGAAUUUCUCUGCUUUCUCUGGUUUGAUUUAUGCCUCGCGUGUGCGUGAAUGAUCGCCUUUGUUCGACGAUAUCGCGAAUUGCGAAUAUUCUCGUGAAUCAUGGCUGUUCGAGUGCCCCGCUCCUCUUUAGCAUUACGAGGCCUCCUAUUCUUCCUCUUCUUAUUGGAGUCGUGGAAUCUGAACGCCGCGCAGGCUGGCCGUGGAUUUAGACACAGCGCGAGGCACGGUCAGCUGAUGUAUGGAAUGAACAAGAGUUUGAAAAAUAGCGGCCUGUUUCCAUCGACCUUCAACGUGGCUGCGAAGGCAAACGUUUUCGUGAACGCUACCUGCGGCGAAGACGCACCGGAAACCUUUUGCAAACCUUCGGAAUCGUCGAGGUGCGCGGUUUGUGACGCCAGGAGUCCCGAUCCCGGGAAGAGGCACAACGUCAGUAAUAUACUAGACUCGAGUCCUGGGAAAUGGUGGCAGAGCCCGACUCUCGCCAAAGGAGAUCGCUACGAGUACGUGACUAUAGUUUUGGACCUGAAGCAGGUGUACCAAAUAGAAUACGUGAUUGUGAAAGCAGCCAAUUCUCCACGGCCUGCAGCAUGGAUUUUGGAGAGAUCGGUCGAUGGUGAUAAUUUCCAACCGUGGCAAUACUACGCGCCCAGCGAUGAAGAAUGUUGGACACGAUAUUCCGUGCCGCCUGUUAUCGGAAAACCCGCUUACAUGGCCGACGACGAUGUCAUAUGCACCAGCGCUUACUCCAGACAGACUCCUAUGGAGAACGGAGAGAUCCAUACUCACCUGGUGAAUGGUAGACCUGGUGCCCUGAAUCACAGUGCGACCCUCCAAGAAUUCACGCAGGCCAGAUUCGUGCGACUACGACUACAGGGACUUCGGCGGAACGGUGAGGCAAUCACAGAUAAGAGGCGCGCGUUUUACUCGAUAAAGGAAAUUAAUAUCGGCGGGAGGUGCGUCUGUUCCGGUCACGCGGCGAGAUGUCGUUACAGCGUUCAACAUGGGCAUCAAGAAUGCGAAUGCGAGCGCCACACGUGCGGCGAGAGAUGCGAGAAAUGCUGUCCAAUGUACAAUCAGAUUCCGUGGAAACCCGGUACAGCUGCGAAGGGCUUUCACUGCGAGAAAUGCAACUGCAACGGGCAUGCAACAUCGUGCAGAUAUGAUCAGGACGUGGCCGACGGAAGAAUGUCCAUGGACAUUCGUGGGAAAUUUCGCGGCGGCGGUGUCUGCGUUAAUUGCACAGAGCAUACGAGUGGAAUUAAUUGUGAAAUGUGUCAAAUUGGUUACUAUAGACCGAACGGUGUACCUCCUGACGCGACUGAACCGUGUGUGCCAUGCGACUGCAAUAUUCAUGGUAGCACAGGAUUCUGCACUCCUGAUGAUUCUUACACUCACAUGGGAAAGGUAGCAGGCGCUUGCGAUUGUAAACCGGGUUACUCGGGGUACAAAUGCGACCAAUGCGCGGCCGGUUAUCGUCAAUUUCCCGACUGCAUGCCUUGCCCGUGUGAUCCCCGCGGGAUCCUCCCGUCCCACGAUUGCGAGGGAGACUGCCUCUGCAAGGCCAACGUCGCUGGCGAAUACUGUGACAGGUGUAAACCGGGACAUUUCGCUCUUACCAAAGAGAAUCUUGACGGAUGCCUUCCGUGUUACUGUUUGGGGGUCAGCAAUCGCUGCACAGCUGCUAAAUUGUCUUAUUCCGCAAUAUCGUCUCUGGAGGAUUGGUUAUUGACCGACAUAAACGCCACUCGCAGCGUUGCUCCUAUUUUAGACACGGACAAUAAUUGGCUGACAUUCGCGAUGUUCGAUGUGGAGUACGACAAUCCUUUCUGGUUAGCCCCGCGAAUUUAUUGCGGCAAUCGUCUCUCGUCUUAUGGCAGCAAUCUUACUUAUUCCAUAAGUUGGGUCGUUAUGCGUGGAGACACGAGUGGAAAGCCAACUAUGGGGCCAAAUAUUAUUCUAGUUGGUAAUAACGGCAUGCGGAUAGCUUACGGCGAAGAACAAUAUAGCGGGCAGGAAGCGGAGAUCACAGUGCCCCUGCAUGAAAACGGCUGGUACCACGUGCGUCAGGAGAUCCAAGAUAUCCCUACGAGAUUGAGGAGAACCGAAUUUCGCGGCGACGCCGUUACCAGGGUGCAAAUGAUGAACGUCCUUGCGGAUCUCAAGUACCUUAUGAUCAGGGCGCAGUAUCAUUCCGAGCAGAUCGAGGGGAGUCUACAAGCAGCGAUCUUGUCCGUCGGAGAGGUUGCAUCCGGCGGCGAGAGUAACAAUUUGGUCGAGGUGUGUGAGUGCCCCGAGGGAUACGCGGGACUGUCCUGCGAGAGCUGCGCAUGGGGGUAUGUGAAACUGAUCAAGAAUGGAUCCGAUUAUCAGGAUCAUCAUGUAUGCGUGCGGUGCGACUGCAACGGACACGCGGGCACUUGUGACCUUACCCUGGGAGAAUGCACGACUUGCGAACAUAAUACAGUGGGCCCAAAAUGUGAUCGUUGCGCAUCCGGUUUUUACGGCAUCGCUCUCAGGGGUACAGAGAACGAUUGCAAAAGAUGCGCUUGUCCACUUUUGAUCGAGUCCAAUAACUUCAGCCCGAAUUGUCAGCUCGAUGAUCCCACGGACGCAGACAGUGGAUACGUAUGCACGCAAUGCCCGAAGGGUUACACAGGCGAUCACUGUGAAAGUUGCGAUGUAGGAUAUUUCGGAAAUCCUUUGGUGCCAGGUAGCACGUGCGAACCAUGCCUCUGUGGCGGCGGACCGUGCGAUCAGGAAACGGGACGGUGCCUGGAGUGUCGCGGGAACACGGAAGGCUGGAAAUGCGACAAAUGUAAACCAGCUCAUUACGGAAAUCCCUUGGAACAGAACUGCUUGCCCUGCGACUGCGAUCCCGUGGGCAGCAAUUCCAUUGAAUGCGACACGAAGAGCGGUCAGUGUCCCUGCAAGCCUUUGUUCGAGGGUCGUGACUGCUCCUCUUGCAUCGAAGGUUACGGGAACGUGACUGCAGGUUGCCAGGAAUGCGACUGCGACGUGGGUGCCCUCGACGAAGUCUGCGAUCCCGUAACAGGCGAGUGCAGGUGCGCGGACGCGGUCCUCGGCUUCCGGUGCGAUCGCUGCGACGUCGAUCAUUACGGCUUGUCUACCGAUGGCUGCAAAGGGUGUCGAUGCAAUCUUACUGGUUCAACAACUACUACUUGUGAUAUCGUAACGGGGCAGUGUCAGUGCAAGUCUCACGUCGUUGGCAGACAAUGUGACCAGUGCAUGAUUGGUUUCUGGGGUUUAACAACGGGAAUGGGAUGCGCUCCCUGUGACUGCGAUCCCAUAGGAGCGUACAAUUCCACUUGUCACGAUGCAUUCGGACAGUGUCACUGCAAACCGGGAAUAGGGGGGAAACGUUGCGACGUGUGCUUACCUGGUUAUUACGGAUUCUCUCAGAAUGGGUGCCAAGUUUGUGAUACAUGCGUCCGGCCUGGUCACGUUUGCGACCCCGACACAGGUCGCUGCGUGUGUCCAUCGUUGACCUACGGAGAGCACUGCGACAGGUGCAGACCCGGUUCCUGGGACCUGGUCCCGGGAGUCGGUUGCAGGCCGUGCGCGUGCACCCUCGGUUCCAUGAAGCCGCAGUGCGACCAUCAGGGCCAAUGUCCUUGCAGGAUAGGAUACGACGGGCUUAGGUGCGAGAGGUGCAGGAAAGGCUACUACGGUUACCCGAGGUGUCGACCGUGUGGCUGCAGCGCGGCCGGCACUUUGCAAUGCGGUAAUGAAAUUUGCGAUUGCAACGACGAGGGACAGUGCCCGUGCAAGGAAUACGCGGUUGGAAGACAGUGUAAUCAAUGUAAGGAAGGUACUUUUGGUUUGGCGGUCGACAACCCAAAAGGAUGUACCGAGUGCUUCUGUUUUGGCAGAACAACUUCUUGCCAGCAAGCUGGUCUCAGCUGGGGACAGCGGAGAUUAACACGUCCGCGAACUCUUUAUGUCAAUGUUACCAGCAACGAUAUAGUAGUUUCUAAAUUCAGAUCUCAGGUCUUCUUAUCGCCCGUUAACGCUGGCUUGAAUGUGACCAACGGUCUUACAACAAUUCCUGACGUCGAAGGCGACGUUACGAUACCAUCUAAUUUAUAUUACAACUAUCCUCUCUAUUGGAUGCUUCCUGAAACUUUCCUAGGCGAUAAGGUCCUGUCGUAUGGAGGUUUUCUAAGAUUUACAACUUUUACUGAAGACGGGAUACCGUUAAGAUCAAUCCUUGAGUAUCCUCUCGUGCAGUUACAAGGGAAUAAUAAAAUUGUCUUAGAAUACUACUUACCUGCGCCUGUAAAUAAUAAUCAUUACGAAGUUAGAUUUCACGAGACUCUGUGGCACUUGCAAAACAGGCCUGACUACAAAGUCACAAGAGAAGUUCUAAUGGUUGCAUUGCAGAAUUUACAAUACAUUUUAAUAAAAGCUUCGGACAAUGCUGAAUUUACAAAAACGAUUUUAGCCGAUGCUUCUAUAGACGUUGCGGUAUUAACACCGACGCAUAUACCCGCGAUCGCGACCAGUGUCGAAAUUUGCCAAUGCCCUCCGCAAUAUAAUAGCACCUCCUGCCAGGACCCAAGUAUCGGAUACUACAGAUGGUACAAGAAUACGACCGUCACGUCCACUAUUGUCAUCGAUUUAAUUGGAGAAGCCAAACCUUGCCAGUGUAACAGAAGAUCCGAUGUUUGUCAUAUAGAAACGGGACAUUGUUUGAAUUGCCGUGAAAACACGAUUGGACCUCGAUGUGAUAUUUGCGCGGACAGCUUUUACGGGCAUCCAGAUUUUGGAUGUAAACCGUGUCCCUGUCCGCAAACUGACAAAAGGUUCUCGAACACUUGUAUGAUUCUCGCCGACGCGGAUCCAAUCUGUAUCUGUAAAUCCGGAUAUACUGGUAGAAAAUGUGAACGGUGCUCUCCCGGGUAUUUUGGAUUUCCUCAUCUUCCUGAUGGUAAAUGUGUACCGUGCGACUGCAACCCCGCCGGGAGUUUGAGCGACGAAUGUCACACGGAAACGGGACAAUGUAGGUGCAGACCUGGAUCCAUCGGCCGUGAUUGUUCCGAAUGCACCGCGUAUCGCCACGUUUAUAUAAACAACGUUUGCACGUCAUGUAAUGAUAACUGUACUGGUGUAUUGCUCGACACUGUGGCUUCGAUGUCACAAGAAUUAUUAGAAGGCACCGUUCACAUAGCCAGUGGCUACAUUCCUCCUCCGUUCGAAGAUUUGUUUUAUAUCGAUUCUAAUGUAACCGCGUAUCUCAAGGAAAUAGAACUACAAAACAAACUAAAGGAGAGAAUGAGAAACGUUCCCCGUCACGAAUACAGAGAACUUCUGAAACGCACUGAGGCCUUAUUCAAAACUGCAAAUGAAUAUUCAAAGGAAGCUAAUAUAUUAAAAUCCAGAAGCAGCGUUUUACGAAAUGAUGUAUUCAGCGCAAAAGCUGAACUGGAUGACUUGAGAAGAUACAUUGAAGAUACAAUUCUGCUGCUAAAUCAAUAUAGUAACGACAAUAGACGAAUAGAGAUAAAGAAAGCAUUAAAAACGGCAAAGAUGAUUUUAAACCAUCUGAAAAGCGUGAAUUUAUCAAGGAAGACAAUGGAAAUUGAAAAUUUUCUCGAGGACUUUGCUGAAUAUACCGAUUGGUUGAAUUCGUUAUACGAUGCGACGGAACCGUUAGCGAAAGCUCAGGAGGAUGCGGAGAAAUACUCCGUUAAACUGAACGAUAUAGGAAAUAUCAUAGAAGAUACGAUGGAGACUCUAUUCACAUACGAUGGCUUGUACAAUAAUAUUAAUCAAACUUAUCUGGAAGCUAAAAACGAUUGCUACGAAAUCGACAAGCUACACGAUAUGAUAAACGGAUCCCUUGCUGAGGCGGAGAAGUUGACGAACGCGACGCGUGGGUUUAUCGUCGAUUUCCAAAAUAAUAAACAAGAUCUUCCGGAAUUGCGAAACAAAUUAAUUUACUGGUUUGAUAAAUUGAGUAUGAAGGAAGAAUUGCUGUACAGAUUGAACUACGAUUAUAACAACACGUACGUGAAACCGGCGAUCGAACAUGUGAAGAAUUUAUCCAACUACGUCGAUCAGUAUGUAAGUCUGUUUUCCGAGACACGGAACAUCGCAGCUAGUCCGCUGAAGGCGAGCCAAGCGUACAAGAAUAUCGUCGAGAACAUAAAGGCGGCUAAGGACAUUGCGCAGGAUACUUAUAAGAUGUUUCCGGAUGGACCUGUUUCGAAGACACUCUUAGAUAGCUCGAAAGAAAAGUCCCUGGCGUCAUCCAAGUGGAAGGAUAAAGCACAAAAACAAGGAGAGUUAGUAAUAAAUGCGAGGUAUAAAUUAGACCUUCAGAAAGAGGCAGUGAAUAUUUUAAAAGACACUCUGAACAGUACUGGAAUCAAAGACAACCAAGUCAAUGUGAAAUUGCAAAAAUUACAAGAAGAUAGUCAGAGAUUGCGAGAAAAUGUACAAAAUAUAUUAAAAGAUAAUAAAAUGGUAAUGGAAACUGUCGACGACCUACGAGAACUUAUCGAAAAUACCCAGAAAGGGAUCGACGAUACAUUAAAGCCAAAGUUAAACGAUCUAAAAAGAGACGGCGAUUCGAAGAUUAACUUAGCCACUGAGAAAUUGGCGGAAGCGCUCAGCAAUAUAAAAAGAGCUGAUGUAAAGUUAAUAAGUUUGUCAAAUGCUGCGGCUAAAGGGAAGAAAGAAUUCGAUAAAUGGAACGACACAUUAUCUACAAAACUGCAACAUCUCAAAGACAAAAUUGCCGAAGCUAGAGACAUCGCCGAUGGAAUUCGCGUUUCAAUGAAAUCGGUGGAAGGUAAAGAAUGCGGCCGAUCGUACAGAUCGUCCACGUUGCAACCAAUGACGACGAAUUCAAUCGUGAUGACCUUUGCGCUUUUAAAAGGAAAAAAGGACGGGCCUCUGUUCUAUCUGCCAAGCAGUAUAAAUGACGAUUUCAUUGCUUUGGAGAUUGUGAACAAAAGAGUAAGAUUCAUGUGGAACGUCGGCGGAGGCACCGGUAUCGUCACUCACCCUGAGAUCAUACAAAGCGGUGAUCCUCAGGACGAUAAAUUCUGGUAUCGCAUCGAGGCUGAAAGAGUGCGUCACGUAGGUAAAUUACACUUGCGGAAGCAGAUAUCGGCAACUGGAACCGAAGUAAGAAAUUCGACAGAUCCGGAGUACGGUCGUUUCGAUGUGAGUACGCCGGAUCGUAUCUGGAUAGGGAAAAUUAUGCGAUCAGAGCGAAGAAGUACCGAACUUCACGCGCUUAAUGGACUUCCGGCUUGCGUGCAUCAAGUCAUCCUGGAUGGAAAACCGAUAGGACUUUGGAACUUCAUUACAAACACAGACAUGGCUUGCGAGGCUUGCGUAGAAGAAGUAGACACCAAAGUUGACACAGGUUUCAGCUUCAAUGGAGAAGGCUAUGCAGUUAGAAGCAGAUCUUCGUCUGUACCUUACGACAAAUAUACGUUCGGAGUGUCGAUUAACUUCCGGACUUUCGAUGAAAACUCUUUACUCUUCUUGGCUAUUAAUCCAGAAAAUAAUCAACACGUAAUGAUAUUUUUACGAGAGGGUAAAGUGAUUCUGGAUAUUGGCUACGGUGGUAACAUCAGCAUAGAGGUGUCCUCGAAUAUGAAGUAUAACAACGGGAAUUGGACGAAGGUGGACGCGCUUAGACAGUAUCAGCCGCGUAAAUACAUCGAGAAAUGUAGUUUAAGCGUCGGGGAAAAUGACAAGAAGAUUGUCGGGCCGUCUACCCAACCGAGGAAAGACGACAUUCCUGAUUUUCUUCACGCUAAAUUCUAUAUCGGCGGUGUGCCACCGAGUUUCCGCGCAGAGAAGCUGAUGUUACCUUCGCAGAUUUCUUUUCUCGGCUGCAUGCAGAAUAUCGAGGUCCAAAGGAACGGCUACGAUCCGAUGGAGGCACAGUAUUACGGCGUCGAACAGAGUUGCGUAAUUAAGCCUUUGAAAAUAGUAGGAUUUUAUGGAAAUGGCUAUUUACAACAUUACGCGCACACUUUACUUAAAAGGAACUACACGAUGAGUUUCACUUUUCGAACGAUGCAAAAGGAAGCGAUGCUUCUUCUUUCGACGUUCGAUGGACUUGAAGAACGUAUGCCUAGUAUUAGGCAUGAUGAGUCAAAUAAAAAAAAUUAUUAUUCCUUUGCCGUGAUCAAUGGUCAAGUACAAAUGCGGCUGAAUGGUGGAAAAGGGGAGCUCGUUUUACAAUCGAACGAAACUUACAACGAUGGGAGAUAUCAUACAGUGACAAUAAUUAAAAGAAGAAAAGACAUUGAAUUGCAAAUAGAUGACGUUUAUCAGAGCGCUGGUAAACUGCCUACGAGCGUUGCUAUCAAAGCUCCCGACGGGAGCGGAGGAUUAUUCUUCGGAGGAUUACCAUUAUCCAUUAAUAACACAAAUAUGAUCGCCACUACUAUUCCUUUGUACGGUGCUAUAAAGGACGUAAUAUUUAACAAUGAAAUUAUUCACUUCGACAAAGCGAUUAAUUUCGAGCAUGCAUUAAUCGGUCGUCCUGGACCGAGUAUGGGCAAAGAUCCUCUUACUUAUACGCCAUCAGCAUCUUUAUCAAGGGGGAUGGCCACCCAACCCGAAGGGUGUCAAAAAGUACCAUAUUAUUCAUUGGAAGCCGGGGCUCUGAAGUUCGGAGAUAAGCCAAACAGCCACACGCAACUUUAUCUAAACUUCAAAAAAUUCUGGGAGAAGAAAUACACAAUAGAGUUCGAUUUCAGGACGUAUUAUCCUAAUGGUUUACUAUUCAUUACUCCGGGACUUAGACCGAAGCACUACCUCAUGGUCGUGAUACGAGAUGGACAGCUGCUACUAUUAGUAAAGAGCAAACAGAAGAAGGAAAUUUUAUUUAAGACUCCGUUUAACGACGGUAAUUGGCAUCACGUAGUAAUUAGCCACAACGAAAGGAAGUUAACGGUGCUAGUAGACGCCCAGACACCACCUACUAUUAAAGUACCGAGGAAGAUUGGACUGGCCUCCAUGAUGUACAUCGGAGGCUUACCUGAAAGUGGAACGCCGAUACCUGAACAAGUCGUCGUCAAGCUUGAAACGCUGAAAGGAUGUAUCAGAGGAUUGAAGAUCAACGGGAACGUCUACGACAUGGUCGGCUCGACGAGUCGGGCUUACCACGUCGGACAAUGUUUCCCAAAUGUUGAAAGUGGAGCGUAUUUCCAGGACGAAGCGUAUGCCAUAUACAAGAGGAAUUUUGAAUUGGGUGAUGUUCUGGAACUUCAAUUAGAAUUUCGAACAUCGGAAUUAUCGGGUGUUCUGCUUUCUAUAACAGCGCCCGGAAAUUCACCCUCGUUGUCGUUAGAACUGAACAAUGGUAAAGUGAUUAUGUCGGGAGAUCUGGGAGAUAAUAAUCCAUUAUACGUGGAGCAACGAUUUCCAAGUCCUUACACUAUUUGCGAUAAUCGAUGGCAUAGGAUACAAGCGAUUUACAAUGACGAGGAGUUGACGCUGAAGGUCGAUGAGCUGGAUCAGAAAUACGGUCUUCCGGCUAAUGUUAACUACCACAUGAUGGACUCCACGAUUUCCGCUCCUCUAUACAUCGGUGGCUUGCCGGCCACUUCUCCGAAAGGGACAUUGAUAACCAGGGAUCAUUUCAACGGAUGUAUAAGAAACGUAAUGAUAGGAGGAGAGAGACGAGAUUGGACAGACAUGGACGAACUGCAUAAUAUUCAUUUGAGCUCCUGUCCAGUACAAUAAUGAGUAAUUAGUAGAACGUGUGGACCAGUCUCGAGUCAUUCGAUUUAGUAGUUUCCAAAGACUGUUCAAAGGACGUACGAUGCUUGAAACUCGUUUCUAUGGACCGUUGUGUUCGAUUGCCAUUGCACACCGGGGGGUCGAGUGCCAUAUCAUUAACGUGGGGAAAUUCUUUAAUCGUUAAGACGUAAGAUUAAACGAAGCCAAAAGAUGCUAACGUGCGAACGCAUAAAUCAAGAUUCACGUUUCACAAACUCUGCCAACGCAUCCUUAUAAAACACUCGAUUCAUUUUAAUGAUAUAAUGUAAUUAAAAGAUGUAUAACGAACGCUUGAACAAUUUCUUUCUAACGAAUGUCUCAGCUAUCGUGCGAAACAUAGUUUGCGAGACGGUCUCUUGAAACAUCAACGAACUGUGGCACGAAUUCGCGUCGGAUUGUAUUUGUGAACCCGUCAUACUCUAAUGCAAAAAGUCAUGUUAAGUAGCAAGGUCACUGCCAUAUAUAGCUUAAUUUUGUAAUUCACUCUUAAGUCACGAAACAAUUGUACAUCAGUAUUUAAAGCUAUUUAUUAUCGUUAAAUGUAAGUUCGACUAACGAUGUCGGUGAAGCGCGCAGAGAAGUGAAAAGUUGCGCUUGAUCGAAGCCGUGUAUUUUAAAUAAACAAUGAAGGCACAACUAGAAGAUGAAAUUAUUUUGUCGUCGUAGCGAUAGUAAAGGUAUCAAGGUUUAAAUAUUUAAGACGAUUAAAGGCGAGGAGGAUUAGCGAAAGUUAAGUAUCUACCGCUGUGUAAUAAAGUGUCCUUAACGAAUUAAGAGUGUAGCGUAGGGAGAAACGUUCUUUACAAGAAUAUUUUUAAUAUUUAU